GCUACCAGAAUGCUACUAACAAACUCAAUUUUUGGUGAUUUUGUCACAGUUUUAAUUAGUUUAACUACAAUUGUUAUAAUUUACUUCAAAUGGUGCUACAAGUAUUGGGAAAAACGAAACUUGCCAAACUUAGAAGCUUCUAUACCUUUCGGAGAUGUUGUAACAAAUCAAGGCCCCAAACAACACAUUGGURUUAAAAUGAAACGUGUUUAUGACACCAUGAGGCAAAAAGGGUGGAAACAUGGGGGAAUUUACCUAUUGCAACGGCCAUUUUACGUUGUUGUAGACUUAGAGUAUGUGAAAAAUAUCAUGACGAAAGAUUUUCACCACUUUUCCGACCGCGGGAUGUAUCAUAACGAGAAAGGUGACCCUCUUACUGGCAACCUGUUUAAUAUAAGUGGGCCAAAAUGGAGAAAUUUGAGGACUAAGUUAACCCCAACUUUCACUUCAGGGAAAAUGAAAAUGAUGUUUCAAACCCUACUUGACUGUGAAGUCAAUUUGCGCAAACAGGUGGAACAACAUUACGAAAAAAACGAACCAAUUGAUAUUAAAGAAGUGUUGGGAUGCUUCACGACUGAUAUAAUUGGGUCUUGUGCUUUUGGACUUGAUUGUAACUCUUUUAAAGAAGAAAACUCACCGUUUCGGGUUUAUGGACGYAAAGUUUUUGAUCGUGGAGGUCUAAUUAGGACUUCAAAACGCAUUUUUGCUAACAAUUUCCCAAAUUUGGCAAAACUGCUCAACAUUGCGUUACUUCCGCGAGACAUUUCCGAUUUUUUUAUCAAGAUCGUGAAAGACACUAUUGAGUAUAGGGAAAAAAAUCAUAUUGUGAGAAAUGAUUUUUUGCAACUUCUUCUUGAAUUGAAGACCAAUAAGUCGGACCAUGAUGGUACUGCAUUAUCAAUUGAGGAAAUUGCGGCCCAAAGCUUCGUUUUCUUCAUUGCUGGGUUUGAAACGUCUUCAACAACGAUGACUUUCGCUCUUUACGAACUUGCAAGACACCAAGAUAUUCAAGAUAAAGUCAGGGAAGAAAUUGAUGCAGUUUUGAAGAAACAUGGCAAAAUCACCUAUGAUGCAAUUCAAGAAAUGACGUUUUUGGAACAAGUCAUUGAUGAGGCUCUGAGAAUGUACCCCCCGGGUCCCCUUGUCCCCCGACGAUGUWUCAAAGACUACAAAGUCCCCAACACUGAUGUGACWAUUGAAAAAGGUAUAACGGUCUUAAUCCCAAUCCUUGGGAUUCACUACGACGAAAAGUAUUAUCCUCAUCCUGAGAAAUUUGAUCCUGAGAGGUUCAGUAGAGAGAAUAAGGCGUCGAGGAAUACUUAUGCCCAUAUUCCGUUUGGGGAAGGGCCUAGAAUUUGUAUUGGAAUGCGUUUUGGGCUAAUGCAAACAAAAGUUGGUCUUGUGUCUUUGUUGAAAAAUUUUAGAUUCACGAUCAAUGAGAAAACUCAAGAGCCCUUGGAAAUGAAGACGAAUAGUUUGGUUUUGGCCGCUGAGGGCGAAAUUUGGUUAAACGUCCAAAAAAUUUAGAUGUUAUUUGAUUUAAAAUUAAUAAAAGGAAAUUAACAAAGAAAUUAA